CAGCAUCUGUGGAACAUUCUCUAGUGAGUAGUUGUCAUCAUAGGAUGUACCUGAGCAUGAGUCGCUUCAAAAGAAUGUGAAGGAUCAGGCCAGGCAACUGGUGGGAGGGCAUGCAUAGGGCGACCAGAUUGCGAGAGGGAUCUGGCGGACCAAUCAGCACAUUAGUGGGGAUCAGACUGCGUACACACUUGUCGGAUUGCUGGCGAUGGGUGCUCCUAGCGGCCCUUCUUGCUCUCCUUCCAGGCUGGACUGAUGCAGCAGGCAGCCAAGCCCAGGUCCUCCGUGCAGGGUCAGGCUUGCGAGCAAACGAGGUGCAGGCGCAUCACCUGACGAGGAAGGCUGUGUGCUCUGGAACUUUCCUUGGACAGAGCCCCUUGUUCAAGGGCGAGUGGGUGGCUCAUGAGGAACCAUCCUUUCAUGGCUUCUACAACAAAGCAAAGGAGUGCCCCAGUUGGGUGCAAGGCUGGGACUGCCAGGCGGAUGGCACCGAUCACAGGGAUAUGCUGGACAAAGAGUACAAUCAGGUGUACAAGCCGUUUGUGUGCGAUAUGAGGCAGUGGGACCUGCAAGAGUUUGCAAAGUGCACAGCAAACCGGCGCAUGAUAAUGGUGGGUGACAUGUCCAUGCAGCAGAUGUUUAACAGCCUGGCUUGCCUCACUCGCCCGGCCCUGAAGUCCGGCAAGCAGACGCCCUGGGAGGAAUCUGAUCUGAAGCUGGACAAGGAAUACACUGCGCGGUCGCUGCAGCCGGGUCUGCAUGUGAAGAAGAAGUUUGUGGGGGAUUUCCUUCUCGACAACGGGCUUCACGUGUUCCUGAGGAGCUUCAAUGUGUUCAACCUGACCCUGUGGGACGAUGUCAUGAAGCCCUUUGGAGAGCUGCAGGCCGAUGACAUCCUGGUGGUGAAUUUUGGCGCGUGGUAUCCGAGGUACUCGGUGCUGGAUCCGCACCACCCGUGGCCGGCCUGGCAGAAGGAUAUGAAGGAGCUGCUGAUGGAGCGGCUGGCCGGCUACAAGGCGCGCACCUUCUGGCGCUCCUACGCAGCCGCCCACUACGGCGGCACCAACGGCACCAACACCUUUGAGGAGGAGGCCGCAAAGGAGCUGAAGGCGGGAGGGGUCUGCCCGGCGACUAAGCUGGGAGAGUCUUGGUAUGAGGAGUAUGUGAGGGCGUUUCUGCGCAAGUGCGGCACCAAGUGCAGCCAUGUCAGCCUGCUGCCGGUGUUCCAGCUGACUGUGGGCAGGCCCAACUCGCACAUGGGCUCCUUUGGGCACGGCAAGGACGGGCACAACCUGGACUGCCGAAUGUACUGCAGCAAUGUUGUGGAUCAGUGGAACGUGCUGCUGUUCAAUCUCCUCUGUUGAGACAGAGUUUUUGGAUGAUGCAUUGCUGCAGUGCCUGAAGACAGCAGCAUGGAAUUGGAACAUGCUUUGAUCCUAAUGUGAAUACAUAUCCAGGAUAUUGUGUACAUGUGUCAACGUCUGACGUUACAUGCCUUGGCACGAGCAACCUGCCAUGAUGAGCGGCAUGCUAUGCAAGCAAAUUUGGUGUAAAUCAAGGCUUUC